AUGGAGUAUCAGAAAGGUCCUCAGGUACGCAGCAGCAAAGGGUCGUCUAUCGUGGUAGAGGUGUGCAUCGACUCAGUGGAAUCGGCCAUCGCGUUCGUGGAUUUCUCGGCAUUGCGACAUCCAGCCUCACGGUGGCUCUUUUCCAGCGCUGCUAACGGAGGUGCUGACCGCCUUGAACUAUGUGGAAACCUCGGGCUUGGAGGGGGGACGACUCCCACACUCGCUCUAUUCAGAGCGGUCAAGCGAGCAGUACCUGGUACUCCAAUCAUGGUGAAUCCUAGUACGCCGCAUGAGCACUGCGCUCGGACAGCAAACCCAGAGCUUGACAUCAUGCUGGAGGACAUCCGCAUUCUGAAACAAGCAGGAGCGGAUGGCCUCGUGUUCGGAGUUCUCUCCGCGGAAGGUUUUGUGGACACAGAUCGUACAACCAGUGGUCACAAACCCGCCGCACCGUCCGCGCUGCCCGCACUUCGCGAUCUUCUGCAGAAGGCGGCUGAACCCACGCACCCCACGCCCGCGAGCACACCCGCGAUCCUCGUCGGCUCGGGCAUCAAUCCGGCAACCGUGCGACCGGUCCUCGAUGCCCUCCUCCCACACGGCCUGCGUGAGAUCCACCUCAGCGGAGGAUCCUGGGUACCCGGUGAGAUGCAGUAUCGUCCACCGGGCAUGGGAAUGGGUGUGGGCGGUGACGGAGAGUGGGGAAUCUGGCGCACGAGUGAGGAGCGUGUGAGGGAGGUGAGGCGGAUUGCGGACCUGGCCUGGGAAGAGUACAUCAACAUUGAGCCAGGUGAAACAUUGUGA